AUGACUACGAUUAACCCGACACGGUCCUCGGCUGCCCCCCAUGCAACACACAUCGUCAAAGUGGGAUCGAAGGAAGAUCCGCAUCAGUACUCGCCUCAUAAGAUCUCUGCAGCUGUAGGCGAUGUCAUCACUUUCGAGUUCUACCCGCGUAACCACUCUGUCGUCAAAGCGGAUUUUAUGGCACCGUGUGUACCAGCUACGGGGGAAAUCUUCUAUUCGGGUGUUUUUGACAGCUUCGAUCUGGAUAGUAGUGGUCAACUAAAGGGAAAUCCACCAACAUGGUCAUUGGUUGUGAACGAUACCACGCCCACCUUCUUUUAUUGCACAGCGAUUGACUCCUGCCUUGUCAAUGGCAUGGUCGGGGUUAUUAACCCGAACCAAACCAUGACCUGGGAGGCGCAAUACGCCCGAGCACUCCAGUACCCUUACAUGCUUGUUCCCGGCCAAUCACCACCAGCUGAGGGGACGAGUGCUUCUUCCUCGCAUCCCAACACACACCAUGCACCUUUAAGCGGAGGCGCAAUUGCCGGCACUGUCAUCGGGGCUGUCUUUUUCGUUGGCGUGCUACUCAUCCUGUUCUUUACGCUGGGUCGAAACCGAAUCUACAGGAAGUGGAUGUCGUCGGAAGACGGCCGUAUGGAGCGAACGGCUCGCUGGGCAUUUUCCAGCAACCAGGGUGAAGUCAAGAGUGACCAGGGGCUUGUGGCCCCGUCGUCAGUGGGGGGACAUGGAACGUUUCCACCAUCCUCGAAUGCGUCUCCGCCGGUAAUCUCUCCGCCACAGGGAGGGGGAUAUUGGGAUUGGGAGACGGCUGUGGCGAACCAGCAGCGAGAACAGCAGGUACAGAUCCAUGAGCCAAUGGAGCUAGAGGCCAGAAGUGUGGUGGGAGGAAGGCCAGGAGGGAUGUAUUACGGAUGGAGGUGA